UGGUGAUUGUAAUUUUCUCUCGAAUUUAUGUUCAUGUUUUCUUUUGUUUUCAAUUAAUUUUUUUAGUUAUAAUUAAUGUUUUUUACUUAGUUGUUGUAUUAGAAUGACAAUGGAAAGGAGGAUAAAGCUAAAAACACUAAACAGCCACAUAACUUGCAAGAUUUGCCGCGGAUACUUCAUUGACGCGACCACGGUCACCGAGUGUCUACAUACGUUUUGCAAGAGCUGUUUAGUGAAACACCUGGAAGAGAACAACACUUGUCCGACAUGCAAUAUAGUCAUACAUCAAUCCCAUCCUUUGCAAUACAUCAGCUUCGACCGAACCAUGCAAGAUAUUGUGUAUAAGCUGGUGCCGGACUUACAAGACAAUGAACUGAAACGUGAGAGAGACUUCUAUAGAGCAAGAGGUCUGCCAUGUCCCAAGGAUGCAGCAUUGGCUGCUGAUAAACCAGGAGGUGGUGAUGAACUAGAACAACCAGAUAAUACUGACUGUCAUAGGAAGGAUGAACAGGUCAAUGUGUGUUUAGAAUGCAUAUCAACGUCGCUACGUACACUCAAGCGGAGCUUCAUUAGGUGUUCGGCUCAAGCCACGAUAACACAUCUUAAAAAAUUCGUAGCUAAAAAAGCAUUGAAUGGAAUGGAGAAAUAUAGAGAAAUUGACAUUUUAUGCAACGACGAGUUACUAGGCAAAGAUCACACACUUAAGUUUGUUUACGUCACCCGAUGGAGGUUUAGAGAUCCACCGCUUCGAUUACAAUAUAGGCCUAAGAUUGAUUUGUAGGUUACCUCUUAGAUAUUAAUAUUCCUAUGGAUAUCCUAAUUCUUAUUAUUAUUACCAGAUAUCAUUUGAGUGUCGUAAGCAAUGGUCAUCAGCACUUUUUGAGAUCUUUAAAAUUAUUUUAUUUCUCCCAUAUAACUGAAUGUGAAUUUAAUUUUAUUUUUGUGUAAAAUUUUUAUGUUAAAACAGCAACACUGCUGGCCUCCUCUGCACUUAGCUAUUUGCAGUAUAUUCCAUCAAGCAUGCUCCAGUGCGAGUUGGAGGCAGGAAGUCUUUCACCACAUGCCAGAUGCCUCAUUGUGCUCCUUCACUGUCAGAUUUUUGAACAUAAAGCAAGCAAAUACUCAAAAUUCAGGGGUGCUUGCUCUUACUGGAAGCUGUAAUCAAGUACUAAGAUGCGCGGAUUCCAUCCAUUAGAUCAUUUAAAUUUAUCCUCAUUAUGCCUUGUUUCUUCUGGAAACUCAAUCCUUGCUGAUCACUAUUGCUUUGAAACUAAUAAAUUUUUCUCACCUUCAAACCACGGUUGGUUGCUUUUCACAUAAAAUUAAGAAAUUAUUUAGUUAUAUUUUAUUAACCAUUAGGUAAAAGCAGGUCAUUCGAAUUAAACAUAUAAUUUAUGCUUUUUUAAGGGAUAUCGGACUAACAAGAGUAUAUAUUAUUUAUCUUCACUGGGGAUUAAAAGUGUUUGCACUUAAACACAAUAACAUACAUGUACA